CUAAUGAAAAUUCCAUACAGAAGAAAUAGAAAUGGCAGGCUUCCUCGAUAAUUUUCGAUGGCCAGAAUGUGAAUGCAUUGAUUGGAGUGAGAGAAGAAAUGCAGUUGCUUCUGUGGUAGCAGGUGUAUUGUUUUUUACAGGGUGGUGGAUAAUGAUUGAUGCAGCGGUAGUAUAUCCUAAGCCAGAACAAAUGAACCAUGCAUUUCAUACAUAUGGAGUCUUUUCCACAUUAGCUUUCUUCAUGAUAAAUGCUGUGUCCAAUGCACAAGUGAGAGGUGACAGCUAUGAAAGUGGCUGUUUAGGAAGAACAGGUGCUCGAGUUUGGCUUUUCAUUGGUUUCAUGUUGAGGUUUGGUUCACUUAUUGCUUCAAUGUGGAUUCUUUUUGGUGCCUAUGUUACUCAAAAUACUAAUGUUUAUCCAGGACUAGCUGUAUUUUUUCAGAAUGCACUUAUAUUUUUUAGCACCCUCAUCUACAAAUUUGGAUGAACAGAAGAAUUAUGGGGAUAAGUCGCUACUUUCAUCAAAAAUCAUUUUGUUAUAUUCUUUCCCA